GUUUUUCCUCUCCAUAUUUCUGUAAUCGCAUCACUUUUCCGCGAAAAUGAUAGUUGACGGCGAUUCUCCUGGAAACGCAAAGCCGAAGAAGCGUGCAUCGAUAAAGCGGUUCUUUGGUCGAGCAGAAGCUGACGAGGGUAGAACCCCGCAGCAGAAUCCAGUAUCGGCAAAGAAGAGCAAAAAGCCAGCGCCAGCAGCACCAGUCACAGAUGAAAACGGCCAGCCGCAGCAGCAUCAGCAUGACGAGCAGCCUCGAGCACUAGCCAUAUUCAAAAACGCCGCAAUCGCGUCAACAUAUCAUUUCCACCAGCUCGUUGCACAGCUGACUGAAAGCAAAUCGCUACCGCUGACAGAGGUGCCUACCGCAUUCCAUCCACUGAUCGCAUUGAUCGUCCAAGAGAAGGACAACAUCAUCGCCACGCUUGCCAAGAUCGUUGAGGCACAAAUCUGCCCGAUGGUCGUCGACGAGGACGGGGGAACAAGCACAAUGCCAGUAUUUGCACCCAGUACGCUGGAGACAGCUAUUGCCGAUAUUGCUGAGCACAGGAACUACGGUGUGCUGCCAAGUGCAGUUCGGCAGUGCUGCGAGCCCGAGACAGCCGAUGUGCCACACUCACUGGCAACAUAUCGAUGGGAAGUAAAGGACAUAGAAAUGCUGCCCAAAGACGUGCACUCAGCGGUGAAAAAGAGGCGGGCACGGCGAGCUGAGGCACAGGCUGAGUGCACACAGUGGUUCACCACGGUUGAUGAGGAGACGCGGCAGCAGAUUUUGGCAGGGACUCUGAAGAAGGCACGGAUCACCCCUUGUAAGCAAUCGACAGGAACAGGCGAGGCAGCGGCGACACCAGCCUUAAUGGACAGCUCAACCUCAGCCAACUCGAAACCCAGUAAGCAAGCUGCUCAGGAUCUAGCUUCGCCAAAACGGCCAAAGAACAUUUUACGGGGCCAGAAGAGCCUUGUAAACUUUUUCACAUUGGAGAAGGGCAGCGACAAGGACAAAAAGCAGGCUGUAGAGCAGAUAUCCAGCGCAUCUGACCCAAAGUCUGGCUACGAGGCAAUGUUUCACCCGUUCCACCUUCGCCAGAGCGCAACCAUGUAUCGCUAUCAGCGACCUACGACGUUCAGUGAGGACAGGUUCAACCAGGCAACCCAAUCAGCAAGCAACACCGAUGUCAGCUGCCUGUUGGCUGAGUUCAAGAACAGUGCUGCAAGAGCAAACACAGAGUGUGAGGCGCGCCGGCGUGCUGUUGCUGACCAGCCACCAGCUGUUUGCGAUGGAGUCGAACUCGAUGACGCUGAGCUGCACUUGAUCCGGCUACGCUCUAUGCCAAUGAAAUGCCUGCACUUUUACGACAACCGGCGGCCAGACUACUGGGGGACAUGGAGCCGUCGUCUCAAAUCGGUUAGCGCUCGGCGACCCUUUGCCCGUGACAGCGUAGCACUGGACUACGAUUUUGACAGCGAUGGGGAGUGGUGCAUUGAGGACGAUGAAGGUGAGGAGCUAAAGAGUGACGACGAAGAUGACGAAGACGACGAGGAUGAGGAGGAUGAGGAGGAUGAUACAGACUUUAUUGUCGGCGACAGCGACGUGAUUACCGAGUUUUCUGGUGGGCCAUCUGCGCUUGGUGAUGAGGAUGAUGAUGACGGCGACGAGGAGGAGGAUCUGGAUCACAAUGGACUGAACUCGGACACGGAGGACGAUUAUGUAUCGGAGGAGGAGGUCAUGGAGGAUAUUGAUCCGGACGAAGAGGUCGGUGCUGAUCUAGCUCUGCCAGAGCCAGAAGCGGCCGAGGAGACCAAGCCUACGACGCGGUCGGCACACCAGCCCCGCUCCAGCGCACACAGCGGCCGGCAUCUAACGCCUAAGCACCAGAGCGAUAAGCAGGUGCAGCCGCGACGCAAGAAGGUCAUGCCGCUGGCACCUAUCGUAGUAGGACCUAUAUGGAACGACAGCGACCAGCUGCCUGCCGACGACCCACGUGCCCGCGCGUUGGCCGCAUUGACUGUCACUUGUAUCGAUUGUUCAAUGCCGCUGACCAUCAGUAUCGACCCGCAGCCGAUGCUGACCAACAAGGAAAACAAGGGCGCCGAUGGCGGCAACCGCAAGGACAUCGAGGUCACCGACGAUGUCCUGCGUAUUCUGGUUGAGGUCCUGCAUGCGUCGCCACUAGGCGUAGCAAAGCUGGUGGACGAGCUCAAGACUCGGCUGGAGCGACUGAUCCAUGAGCACGCUGUCAAGGAAAAGCGCCCGCCAUCGACACGGCCCAUCUGGUGCUUCCGCAUGCAGAGGAAGCACAGAGCACACGAUGAGGACUCAGAGGAGCAGGCGGCCAACGACGUGGUGCAGCAGCGAGUUAGUGGGCCCGAGCACGAUGAUUAAGUUAUUGAGGUGCGCGGCCUGAAUACAUUAUAGCCCACCCGCCCCAUAUAUGGAUUCACUGAUGGCUGCAAGCCAGCUGGUGACGAAUGGGCAGUAUACCCGUUUACAAAUGUCCUUUUUGCGUUCCAAUUCCUUGUUUGAUCAUUAAAAAAAUGUCAC